AUGCCUAUCCGUAUCGGAGGCACCACGCAAGAUCGCGCCACCUACGAUCCAGAAUUCGACGGCUACGUCUCAUACGACGACCCUGAUCCACUAAUUCCUCCAAUGGGGCUCACAUACGGCCCAAAGUUCUUUGACCUCAUCCGUGAGCAUCUCGGAUGUCGUGCCACACGUCGAGGCUUUGCUAAUGCUGGGUCCCUCCAACCUUACAGCCAGUGGCAAAAGCCUGUCGCCGUGCCACCGUGGAAUAAGUCCCAGGAAGGCGCUGAUAAUGCCGACUGGGCCCAGGAUUUCAUUAACACCUACAAGCCCAAAUGGCCCAUCCUUUCAGGCGGUGACUAUGCUGUUUCCAUCCCUCUUCAGCCCGGAUGGCCCAACACCAACUACCUGAUUGAGGAGGCCUACAAUGCAACCAUUAAGAAAUACACCAAGUUCUACAACGGCCAUUUAUACGCUCUUUCCAACAGCACCAUCCUUGCAGAGGAAAUGGCACAUAACAAGACUGUGGCUGACCUGCCCACCUUUGAAGACAAAAUCGCGCUUGCUCAUUCGGUUGCACGGCCCUACAUACUGGGAGAGACGAACUUUCAUGGAAUUGAUGAAGUGAUGGAUGCCAGCUUUGGCGCAGCGAUCCAGACAGUGGACAAGAGCCUGAAAGCUGUUUCGAUGGGGCUCAAGCAUUUGUAUUACCAUCAGGGAACCAUCAAUCAGGCAAAUUUCAACUUGUUCCUAUCAAACCAAGUAAACACCCCCUUCUAUGGCGGAUACUUCUCUGUGCUAGCGCUAGCGGGCGGUGAGUACGUCUCUGCUUUUGAUGUUGGUGAUGAUGCAUACACCCAGUACGUUAUCUACAAAGCCGGCAAGCCCAGCCGCAUCGUCCUGAUCAACGCCGGCUACUAUUCGGGCUCCGGCACACGCUCGAGCGUCGUCUUCACUCUGACAUGCCUGUCUGCCGUGGAAAACGCUUUUUUGCGGGCGCUGCGCUUGACGACUCCGUCCAGCGACUCAGUCACGACGCGUGAACAGCAAGAUCCAUUGCAUGAGGUGUCGAUUACCCGCCAGUUCUUCUCCAAUGCGGAUUGUUCGAUUCUUGGCGAUCAUGUGGUAGAGGAAGUCACGGUGGUCGCGGAUGGAAUUGUUGAGGCGGAGUUGUUGGCUUCGGAGGCGCUGUUGGUCUAUCUUCCCUGA